AUGUUUGGGGGUGACGAAAUUAGCUGGCCGAGACUCGAGUACACGCACGUUACGCGUCACGGACCUCGUAUCCGAGUUGAGCGUCGUGAGCAGGUAUUCAUACAGGUGUCCAGCCUUCAUGGAAGCGAUUCUGGAGACAAUGAUCUCGACAAAAUGCUCACACUGACAUCAAGUAUCCUUCAAGUUGCAUUCAAUUGCUGUGGGUAUUUCAUGAUCAUAUGCGGGAACGAUGGGCCUCCGAGCCCCGCGUCGCAGCUAGAGUGGAGCAAAUUCGACCAGAUCCUCUCAGGCCCACUGUUCGACAGUGAGUUUGUUGUAGGCUCGUGCGCCAUCUUCGAAUCUUUUCCCGCUUUCCUUAGGCAUAUGACCCAGCGUCUUUGUUAUCCUGGCGUUGCGGACCCUUUUCUUGAUGUCGAAUAA